UUUUCAUAAAGUCACUAACAAAUCUUUCAUGCGAAAAUAUUUAAUUUUAUAUAUAUUUUUAUUUCGAAAUUUAAGUUUAUAAUAUAUAAAAAGUUUGAAUAAAGGUGAAAAUAAAAUUAAGAAUGAGUUUUGCAAGAUAUGAAGUAGCCACAACUUCUGGAAACUCGACUAAUAGUGAGCGUUUUACAUAUGAAGAGAUAAUUUUUUUAUUGGACUUAUGCGAAAAACAUUGUAUUAUAAAUCAAAGCCAAACGAAAGGGUACAAUUUGGUACGUGCAUUUACGCCAAUUCAGCACGAAAUGUUAGACGGAGGGUACAAUCGAAGUUUAACUCAAAUAAUAGAUAAAUUUCGAAAAUUGAAACUACGUUUUGUACAUUCAUAUUUGGCACGUAAAAAAGGUAAACCAGCAAUGGCCAACCGUUUUGAACACUACAAACGUUUUGAAAAAUUAUUAGAAAAUGCCAAAGUAGACAUAGAUACAUUUAUCAAAAAAUUUUCUAAAAAAAACUCUAAAAUAUCCGAAGAUGACAUGGAUUAUGAAAACAUAAAAGAUGAAAGUAAUUCAAAUAAUGCGUUUGAUCAGGAAAACUGUGAUGAUUUCGAACAGAUUACUAUGGAUGAUAACGAUAUAAUAGAAAAAGAAAUUUUAAUAAAUGAUGAUUUUCAAAAUGAUGAUACAGAAGAUUAUUUAACUGAAAAUAUGGAUAUAAAAAUUCUACCACAUUUUCAAACAUCAUCUUCAUCAAGUUACAUACCACGAAAUAAUGAUACAAGAGGUUUGUCGUUAUCUGAACGAACCGUAAUUUUGCUAGAACAAUUAGUUCCGAGUUUUAAGAAAGCACAAGAAGAAUUACAAGCAGAAUUUUUCCGUCAACAAAAGGAACUUAUUCGACAACAACAAGAAUGGGAAGAAAGGAUUUUAGAUGAGGAAAGAGAAUAUUUUACAAAAGUAUUAGCUAGAUAUAACACCAAUUCACAAGAUUAAAAAAGGAAAUUGAAUUGCUUGGCCAUUUUAAAAAUCGCACUAAUUUUUUAGUAUAAUAUUUUUUGUACAUAUUAUAUCUUUGAUUAAUUUCAUAUUAGAAAAAUACUAAGUAUUAAAUAUAUUUUGGUAAAUAAUCAGAUCUGUCAUGAAUUUCACUCAUAGAAUCCUACGAAUUACGAACAUAACUACGACGUAGUCUUUUGAAUGAUCACAAAUUCCUUUCGUAAAGAUUAUGAAUCACCAAUGGAAGUAUCACUUUUCGGAGCGUCACAAUCAGUAUUUUAAUUCUACUAUCAAAUUUUUAUUUACAUAUAUUUUUUGGUUACUAUUUCAGUAAGCCAUUUCCAUACAAAAGGAUAUUUUUUAAGAUAUUCAUACAAUAUCUUAAAAUAUUAUUCAAUAUUUUUUAAAAUAUUUUUUUGUAUGAA